UCCCGUGCAGACCUCAUCACCAAAGAUCCAAAACCUGAUUCUGCUGCGACGCGCAGGGGAAAAAAGAGGAUUUACUACUUUUCCUUCUUCAUGGAAACGGUUUAAGUGUUCUUUGUGUAAACUCCGCAGAGACAGGUUGUCUGAGCCUCCAGAGUGCUCUUUGCCACAAUGAGUUGGGGUGCGCUGUAUGCCCAGCUGGGCGGUGUCAACAAACACUCCACCAGUCUUGGGAAGAUCUGGCUCUCUGUCCUUUUCAUCUUCCGCAUCACCAUACUGGUUCUGGCUGCUGAGAGCGUCUGGGGGGACGAGCAGUCAGACUUCACAUGCAACACGCAGCAGCCAGGCUGUAAAAACGUCUGCUAUGACCACUUCUUUCCUGUGUCACACAUCCGCUUGUGGUGCCUGCAGCUCAUCUUUGUCUCCACACCAGCCCUGCUGGUAGCCAUGCACGUUGCCUACAGAAAACGUGGGGAUAAGAGGACCAUGCUGGCCUCCAAUGGAACUGAAAAGAUGUCAGAUACUGACCUGGAGACGCUGAAGAAGAGGCGCCUUCCCAUCACAGGUCCACUGUGGUGGACCUACACCUGCAGCUUGUUCUUCCGGCUCAUCUUUGAAGGUGGGUUCAUGUAUGCACUGUACUUUGUCUACGAUGGCUUCCAGAUGCCCCGGCUUGUGAAGUGUGAGCAGUGGCCUUGCCCCAACAAGGUGGAUUGCUUCAUCUCCAGGCCAACAGAGAAAACCGUCUUCACCAUCUUCAUGGUGGCCUCAUCAGCCACUUGCAUGGUGCUGAAUGUGGCUGAGCUGUUCUACCUCAUUACCAAAGCACUCCUGAGGUGCUCGAGCAGUUCAAACAAGAGAAAACACCCUUACACGGAGAGCGUGACUCGGGACAACAAGAAGAACGAGAUGCUGCUGUCAUCCUCCACAGAUUCAUCUAACAAGACUAUGUGUUGAGAAGCAAAGAGAAGGAAGAAUUGUAAACCCUUCCUCAUAGUUUCUGUCUGCAUUUUGGUACUUGGACUUUUAAUGUGAGCAUCCUCCAUCUUGUCAAGGGAUGCACAUUCUCAGUCUGAAGUUCAGUAACAUAGGAUGCAACAGUAUCCCUGAGGAAAACUGACCAAAAUGUUUUCUUUUUUUUUUUUUUCUUUUUCUUUUUCUUAAAUAUGCCACUUACGGCAGCGCAGUGUUUCUCCCAGUUGUAUAUUUUUCUGUAUGGUUGAGUUUCAACCAUUGAAAUUUCGUUUCUGACUUGAAUUGAAUGAUUUACAAUCUGGGUUGCUUGCUAAUAUUCAGCCAGGGUAAUUCAACCCUAAAUGGGAGGAUGUGUUCAUAACUUUCUGUUGAUGAAGGUUUUUCUCUGAGCUCAUUCUUCUAAGAAUCUGGUACAGAACCAGUUCAAAAAUCAAAGUUAAUUUAAUGGUGAAAUAUUACCAGAUAUAAGACAGAUUUGGAUCUAAUCCAGGCCAUUUUGGCACUUAUGGCUCAGCUGGUGCCCCCACAUUUAGACCAAACAUUCAUUCCUUUAUGGAAAUCAAUUUCACUUUGAGAGCCUGUCACUGUACUUUUUAUACACUGGUAAUUACAUUUCGCUGAUGCUGUAAUAUGCUGAGCACAGUUGCUUAACUGGUGGAGGUUUGAGCCAGAGGACAAUGAUCCAACACUGACACCUAGUGGUGAAAGUGGAACCCCUGCAGACACAGCUUUCUCAAAGCUUAUUUUAGGUCAGGGGGACAAAUUGAGCCAUGAAAAGUGAACGAUUAUUUGCCGUGUCUAGUUUACAAAGGAUUACAUUUGAUUUUUAAUUAAUAUUUUAAAGUUUUGUUAAAAUCAGAUGAGUUUUAUGAUCCUACUGUGCUGAAUGAAGUGGGCUUUUUCAAAAUUUUUUGUGUGUUUGGACUUAAUUAAAAUAGAGUGCGUGAAUCAAAUAUGAUGAAAAUCUUACCUAUCACACCAGUGGCUUAAAAGAUUUGAUGCCUAUGAUUAUAUCAAAUCAGAAUGUCUUUUAUUUUAAGAAAUAUCACAUACAGUAAGUUAGAUAACUUGAAAUCACUGAGAAUGCGUUUCUUAUUUUUACACAUGUAACAUUUGGUAAAUAUGUGAUAAAUGGAUGUAUGUUUUGUACAAGAUGCCAGCAAGGACAAGAAGCCUUGUCAAGAGAUAAUAGUUUAAAUGUGUGAAUUAGUUCAAGUGAAAUUAGUUUUUUAAAGUGGUUGGGUAAAAAAGCAAUUAAACAAGAGAGUAAUAUUUAUUCUGCUUAUUCUGAUGCUAAAUGGGUUAUGAUGAAUACUUCUUAACCAAUUUAUAUAUAUAUAGAGAUAUAUAUAUAUCUAUAAAUAUAUAUGUUUUGCUUAUGCUUUGUCUAAGACUAAGAAUUUUAGGUGGGAAACUUUAGUUUAGGAAGUAAUGUGCAGGUUGACAUUUUGCCUUUGGUUACCAUCAUCUGAUUUCUGCUUUUUGAGACAGAAGUUUUCCUGCUCCUGAACUAUUUAGACUUUGUGUUAUUGUUCCUGCGGUGUUUACUGACCCCAGCUGGUGGAAUCAUAUUUCAGCAUGUGCCUUAUUUUAGCCACUGCACUAAUCACUGCUCAGCCUUUUAAUGUGGCCGAUCUCAAA